AUGUCGCAACCGCUCUACGCCGUGGCAGACUUUUGCCUGAUCCCCAUGGGGACGCCAACCACCUCGGUGGGCGAGUACAUCACCGAGUGCCAGCGCGUGCUCGAGUCGAUGAAGGACGACGGCAUCCGCUACGAAGUGCAUGGCUAUGGCACCAACCUCGAAGGCAGCUUCCCGGUAGUCUGCAAGGCCAUCGAGCGGUGCCAUGAAGCGGUGCACAAGCUCGGCGCGCUCCGGAUCGCCACCGACAUCCGCAUCGGCACCCGGACCGACAAGCCGCCACCGACCUUUGACGCAGCAGCGCCCGGCUCGCAGGGAUCCUCGGCGAAAGCGGAGGAAGCGGCCGCCGCUGGCGGCGGUGGCAAUGCCGAUGACUGGAGCCGCGGCCUCACCGAGAACCAGCGCAGAAAGGAGAGCGUCCUCAGGCGUCUCCACGCCGACGAGGCCAAGGGCUCGGCGUGA